AUUCAUGGGAAAAUUUUAGUAGAAAUCUAUCGUCGCACCCAAAUCAGAGAAACUCUUACGAUGAUCCCAAUGAUUUGACAAUUGUAAAAUCGCUCAAACCACUACAAAGACGUUUUUGCCUCAAAAAAUGCGGAUGGGGAUUCAACAAGAGGAUGCUUGACGAUACACUCCAAAGAAUGGAACAUGCUGGAGAAUAUGAAAAGGCUGCUGCCUGGGCAUUGUUUCAUGGUGAAAAAGGCAAAGCUAUCUUAGUACUCAAUAAUAGUGGCGACCAACAGUUGAAACUAGUAUCGACAGUCAUAGCAGGAGUUUUGUCAUACAAUCAAGAUUUGCAAUCUGAAAUGCAUUCUCACUGGCUCGACAUGUGUCGCAAUAUGAGUCGGGAACUUCAAAACCCAUAUGUAAGAGCGAUGUUUUCUUACAUAACAACCAGUAGCUGGAAAUCCGUCCUUCAAGAAGAUGAAUUACCAUUGAGAGAUCGUCUUGGGAUUGCGUUGAAAUUUUUGAGUGAUGAUGAGCUUACGGCUUAUUUACAAGACACAGCCGAUAAAUUUGUCGAGUCGGGAAACAUAAGCGGAAUAAUGCUAACAGGGUUAACACAAGACGGCGUUGAUCUCUUUGCUAAUUACAUAAACAAGACUGGCGAUAUACAGACAGCCAGCUUAGCUCUGAGUUUCUGCGGGCUCAGCCGAUCGAAUGAUAAUCGAGUAAAGGAAUGGAUUGAAAGCUAUCGGACAUUAUUAGACAGAUGGGAAAUGUUCCAUGCUAGAGCAAGCUUUGAUAUUGCACGUGGGAAAACCAUGGGACGAGCUGAGCUGCUCAGUUCGAAACUAGCACCAGACCAAGUUUUUGUUACAUGUAACUACUGUUCUCAAAACAUUGCGCAAGAAACGUACAUACCGCGAAACGAAGACCGAGAUAGCAGAUCGUUAAAUACAGCCAGCAACGGCAUUUCUUUAUCCAGACAGAAGAUUAAUUGCUGCAAAUCGUGCCGUAAACCCCUUCCUCGGUGUGCCAUAUGUCUAUUGAACCUUGGUACUCCGAUAGACUCUGUGCGGGAUGCAAUGGAAUCUGCCGGUCUUGUCCCUGCUUCCGUUGACAGACCAUUUGGGUUUGAUCUUUGGUUUACUUGGUGUCAGACAUGUCGUCAUGGAGGGCACGCUAUUCAUAUGCUACAAUGGUUCGAGAGCCAUGAGCAAUGUCCG